CUGGAGAAGAGGCUAAAGGAGAACCUUCCUAAGUACCUUUCAGCAUUUGCAAACACUAAAGGGGGUUUUCUGUUCGUUGGGGUUGAUGACAAAACCAAAAAAGUUGUUGGCUGUGGUCAGGGAAUGAACGCCCAGGUUAUAAAAGAGAUGGUCCUAGAUAUUUGUAGAAGAGUAAAGGUUCGGGCUGUUCAUCUCUUAGACUGUGCGAAAAAAAUGGACUGGUCAGUGAAUUCUAAAGUUUUCAGAGUUGAGAACGGCAGCAUUGAGGAGCCUCGAUAUAUUAUUGCAUUAAAAGUCCAAGCCUUUUGCUGUGCCGUGUUUGAAGAGGAUCCGAAAUGCUGGCAUGUUGAGGAGGAUGAAAUCGCAAGAAUAAAUGCAAGCAGUUGGUUGGGGAAAAUGCAACUUUCUGAUCCAGAUCAUGAGCUGAUCAAACGUUUUGAGAAUGUGUUAAGUCUAAAGGAUUCCCCCCCUCAGUGCAGACCUGUCUACAGCACUCAAAACAUUGCAAAGCUCCAGGAGAGAAUAUUCUCUGUUCAGGGGGAAAAAAUCAACAUAAAGCACGAAUUUAUCCCUCAGGAGGUUUUUGUGAAGUACCCAAACUUGUUAAAUCUUCGCCCCAUUCUGUCAAAGAAUGGACCUGGAAUUUUAGUCAUGUCUACAAGCUGGGCAGUUGAUGUCAACUUACAACGAAACGAGGCUGUCAUCUGUGAAGCCCUGUUGAUCUCUACCGACCAUUAUCCCACACUGUUUUCAUGGGUUGAAAAGGGGAGUCUUGAACUCUGGCAGUAUGUUAGCAAAACAGCGUUUCAUAUCAAGCAGAAGUUGGUGAAUCUAGGAGGAUAUACAGAAAGACUUUGUGUGAUCCCCCAUCUGGUUGACUGUCAGACAGGAGAGCUGAUACCAAAUGAGGCCAAUGAGGGGCCUCCAUAUCCAGAGAGUUACAUUUUGGGCCAUGUUCAGGAAGUAGUGGCCUUACUGCAGUCUCUAGCUAUAGUUGUGCUGAGUUUCACCUCACCAUUGAGCGACACACUCGGCUGCGAGUUUUUCAAUCUGUUAACAGAAGAGCAGUUUUCCAUCCUACAUGGGUACACGGGCAUCAAACGUCUGUUCAUUCAUGGGCCUCCUGGAUCAGGAAAAACCCUGAUUGCCAUGGAGAAAAUACAGAGGAUACAAAAAUCUGACAGCUGUGAGAAAACAGACAUCCUGUAUCUCUGUGAAAACGUAGGAUUGAGAGACUUUGUGAGGAAACAAUCUGUUUGCUUAUGUGAGACAAGAGCCAGCUUCAUGAUGAAGGCUGUGGAGAAUUUCACCAGCAUUAAACACAUCAUUGUUGAUGAAGGACAGAACUUUCGAGUGGAGGAUGGUGACUGGUACAAGAAGGCUGAAAGCCUGAUGCAAGGAAAGCAUGGCAUUUUCUGGAUCUUUGUGGACUAUUUUCAGAGAAGUCACACAACUAAAGAUGGUCUGCCACCUCUGACUUCUCAAGAAACAGCUUGCCUUUCUGAGGUUGUACGAAAUUCCAAAGAUGUAUUUGAUGCUAUGUCAUGUCUAAUUGGCAGAAUUGCAGACAAUUCAAAACUUGUUGAAGCAGAACAUCUCAAAAAUAUGAGAAAGAAUAUAAAGCUGAGCCAUCAUUUUAGAGGAGAGCUUGUCACUUUGCCUAAAGUCAAGUCAGUGGAGGCAGAAGUAGCCCAAAUUGUCAAAAGACUUUUGCAAGAAGGGCACGCUGCAAGGGAUAUUGCUGUUCUGUAUUCAACCACAGAAAAACUCAGUGAAAGAGGGUACAGAGUUAGAGGGGAGAGGUUACCUGUCCUAUUUGGCACUGUAGAAGAAGUGGAUCAAAACAAGAUUGUGUUAGACACCAUCCGCAGAUUCUCUGGACUAGAGAGGAACAUCGUGAUUGUGGUUGACCCUGUUGUCCAUCCAUUCCAGAAUGAAAUUCAACUCAAUAUUCUUCUCAGUGCGUUCUCCAGAGCAAGGAUCAGAUUGUAUAUAUUACUCAGAGCCACCUAAAAGCCCUAAAACCUGUCACCUCUAAAACUUGCUACAUAAGGAUAAUGUACCAAAAAAAA